AUCCAAAUAUUGAUUUUCUGAAAUUUUGAAGAAGCAGCUUCCGAUACUGGUUUUCCGAAUUUCCUGGUAGCUUCCAACACCAUUUUUCUCUCUCUCCCAUUAACAUACAUACAUACAAAUCUUUAGAUGUAAACAAGUGCUUUGUUGGGUUGAGUGAGUCACAUGUGUAAGAGAGUAUGUGAGAGAGAAAGUAUCGGAGUAAUUUAAGGGUUAAAUGAAUGAGAACCGACCCGCCUUCCCUUCUUUCUCUCGCUAUUGACUCUGCCCUUCUUCAUAUCUCAUCCUAUUCUGAUCUCUCUUUCUUACCUGAACACAUUCUUGAAGACCUUUUCCUGAGGACCUUGAGAGCUGGGAAGCUAAAUGAGAAGAUUUUGAAGCUGUUUAUUGCAACUGGAAAAGAAGAAAUCCUUUCGCUAAUUGGCGCAUUUAACAUCCAAUGUGUUCUUACUCCUGUGCUUCCUACUAGAUGCUCUGAGAAAUUCUAAUAUUGUUUGGUAGCAAGCAAUUUUUGCAAAAGGCUCUCUCCAUUCUCAAGGCAACAAAUCCUGUUCUUGCUUUUGCUUAUUUUAGCCUUGAAAAAUGUCUCAAGUCAGCGUCAGAGAUGAUGAGGUAGAUAUUGUGAUAGCUGCAAUUGAACCAGAUCUUACUUCUUUUCUGGAAGAAUGGAGAGCAAUAUUCUCCCGAUUUCACCUGAUUAUUAUCAAAGAUCCUGACGUCAAAGGAGAACUUAAAAUUCCAGGUGGAUUUAAUUAUGAUACCUAUACAAAAGCUGAUAUUCAACAAAUUAUUGGACCUUCAAAUGCUGCAACUUUCUCUGGCUACUCGUGCCGAUAUUUUGGCUAUCUCUUGUCAAAGAAGAAAUAUAUCAUCUCAAUUGAUGAUGACUGCAUUCCAGCUAAGGAUACUAAGGGUAUCCAAGUCGAUGCCAUCGCACAACAUAUCAAUAACCUCUUGACUCCUGCCACCCCAUUUUUCUUUAAUACCCUCUAUGAUCCUUUCUGUAAAGGAGCUGAUUUUGUUCGUGGCUACCCAUUUAGCUUGCGAA